AUGUUUGGUCCCGCAAAAGGCGGCCAUUUUGGAGUCCACCCGGUGGCUGGUUGCCCCGGCGGCGUCUCCCAACUUGCUGCCGGGACCAAAGCUGGCACCGCAGGCGUCUGGUCUGUGGGCGGUCGGACCGACACGAUGUGGCGGCUCCGCUGCAAGGCCAAGGAUGGCACCCAUGUCUUGCAGGGGUUGUCCGGCCGAACCCGGGUGCGAGAACUCCAGGGCCAGAUUGCCGCCGUCACCGGGAUCGCCCCCGGCGGCCAGCGCAUCCUUGUCGGAUACCCGCCUGAGUGCCUGGAUCUCAGCGACGGGGAAACAGUUCUGGGGGACCUGCCUAUCCAGUCCGGUGACAUGCUGAUCGUUGAAGAAGACCAAACCAGACCUAAAACUUCACCUGCAUUUACAAUACAUGGUGCUCCUAGUUACAUCAGGGAAACUUUGCCUGUGCUUACCAGAACCGUGGUCCCAGCAGACAACUCUUGCCUCUUCACCAGUGUGUACUAUGUCGUUGAAGGAGGAGUCUUGAAUCCAGCUUGUGCUCCUGAGAUGAGACGCCUCAUAGCACAAAUUGUAGCAAGUGAUCCAGACUUUUAUAGUGAGGCAAUACUGGGAAAAACAAAUCAAGAGUACUGUGACUGGAUCAAAAGGGAUGAUACUUGGGGAGGAGCAAUUGAGAUAUCGAUUUUGUCCAAGUUUUAUCAAUGUGAAAUAUGUGUAGUGGAUACACAGACGGUGAGAAUUGAUCGUUUUGGGGAAGAUGUGGGAUAUACCAAGAGGGUCCUGCUUAUUUAUGAUGGCAUCCACUAUGAUCCACUUCAGCGUAACUUUCCUGAUCCAGAUACACCUCCUCUGACCAUUUUCUCCUCUAAUGAUGAUAUUGUCCUUGUACAAGCACUGGAAUUAGCAGAUGAAGCUAGAAGAAGGAGACAAUUUACUGAUGUAAACCGCUUCACCCUGAGAUGCAUGGUGUGUCAGAAGGGAUUAACUGGACAAGCAGAAGCAAGGGAACAUGCCAAGGAGACAGGCCAUACCAACUUUGGAGAAGUGUGAUCUAUGCACGAAUGAGGGUUGAAGCCUACUACCUCACAGAUCCAGAACGCUCUGGAUUUUCUAAUAAGCUAUUCGUACUCCUAAAGAACAAAGGACACAAUGCUUGAACCAUCCUUUUAACUUAAAACCACUAAGACACUGAAAUUCCUUGUUAAGAUUAAAAUUAGUGUGCGGGUUUACAGAUUUUUGUCUACAGCGGUGAUACAUGCCUCUUUCUGCUGAAGUGACAGAAUAGGUGGUCUUUGCCACCUACUGACACUGACCUAAAGAUUGAGAAUUAGUAUUAUAAACUAGCACCCAGCAGCUUUAACUCAUAGAAGAAAACAUCACAUUUUCCAUAAUGCAGAAGGCCUCCUGUGAGGCCACUGGACAUUUACCACAAUGUCUGCAGUAAUUGAGUCCUUUCAAUAACUGAGUUAAAUUUCUGAAUUAUGAAUAGAUUCAUCAAAUGAAGAUACUUAGACCUGUCAAAGUUGAUUUUAUAUUGCAAUUUGGUACACUUCAUAAAUGUGUACUUAACCACUUAUAAGUACAUCACAAGCAAUUUUUACAGGGAUGAGUCUCAUCCUUGAGAAUGUUGUCUAAAAACAGGAACUGCUAGUGCCCUGUUUAAGAUUUCUAGUGUAUAAAAAGUAGAAUGUAUGAGGGAAUAGGUGCCUGAGCAGCUUAUUGAAGCUUUAAAAGACCGUUGGCCUCGUUUUAAUGCAAUUCAUGUUGGUCUUUGUCACAUUGGUUACAAUUCUGAAAUUAAGCAGGGUAUUUUUUUUUUUAUUGAAAUUCGAGUGCUCAAUGUUUGCCUUUUUAUGUAAAGAUUUACCUGGAGGGAUUUAAUUUUCUCAGCUUUUUGUUAAGAGCACUUCAUCCAAAAAAAUUUUCAUCUAAAGUGAUAAUGCUCUCUUUGGUUUUUGUAAGGUCUUUUGCAUAACUAAACAGUGUUUGUUUUUGUGCUAGCCUUAUCCCUCCACUAAUUUGUUUUAAAAUUCCAUAUUUCUGCAAAUUAGCACUUUGCUAAUCAUAAUCUUUUUUUUUUUUAAGUUUUAAAGUAAUUGGGGUAAUACUGUUGAAUGAAUUUGGUUUUACUUCCAAAAUAUGAAAGUUUUAGAAUCCUUGCCUUAUUCAGCUCUCUCAGAAUUAUGCUUCUUCCUAAUAUUAGAUGUGUAGCCAUUUGCUUGGUGGACUAAUCUGCAAGGCGCACCCUCUAAAACUUAUCUUCACUACAAGAUCUUCCAGAUAAAGUUUUCUACCUCUUUUCUUAAUUAUUCUGAUCAGGGAAUGCUAAAUUAUAAUUUGUUAUGUAUUAUCUCAUAAUGUGAAGAGGCUUAUUGUUGUGAAGUUUUAUCUUGGUCUCAUUUUUGAUUGAGUAUCUCACUUCGAAAAUCAGUGGUAUACUUUAAAGCACUUAUAUCUCUUUUGGCAUAUCUUCCUGACAUGUUUUAAAAUUGUGAUUUACUUUUAGCACUUUCACUUGGUGAAAGUGCCCAUGUAAAAUUAAGGAAUAUGUG